GAUCCCCAUUAUCCCAAAUCAUCCGUCUUUAGUCAAAGUAUUUGUUUUUUUUAUAUUCGGAUUUUAUAUGACAUCCAAAGUGGCCAAAGUUUUGCAGCAUUGCAUUUAAUAGGUUUAAUUAUCGUCGACGUCUGGCCUACCUCAUAGGUAAUCAAAUGUUGGGAGAAAAGGCACAAGGCGUCCCUUUGAAAGUAAUGGACUACACCUAUGAUGCAGAUUUGGAAGAAUUGUGUCCUGUUUGUGGAGAUAAGGUCUCAGGAUACCACUAUGGACUCCUUACAUGUGAAAGUUGUAAGGGCUUCUUCAAGAGGACAGUCCAGAACAAUAAGAGGUACACUUGUGCAGAAAACCAGGAGUGUAAAAUAGACAAAACACAGCGGAAGAGAUGUCCCUUCUGCCGAUUCCAGAAAUGCCUCAAUGUUGGCAUGAGAUUAGAAGCGGUGCGUGCAGACCGCAUGCGUGGGGGCAGGAAUAAGUUUGGCCCCAUGUACAAGCGGGAUAGAGCCAUGAAGCAGCAGAAGAAGGCUUUGAUCCGUUCCACAGGCUUCAAGCUGGAGUCUGCUCCUCCACAGCUCUCCCCUGUACAGACUAACUAUGGCUUCACCGGCACCCUGCACAGCCUCCCCUCCCUCCCCAAAGGGCUCAUGCCCUCCAUCCCAGCCUCCAACAAUGCCACAGACUACGAGGCCAGCCUCUACGGACCCCCCUCCCUGGGGGUGGCCAUGCAGCCCCAUGGACCCCUGCCCACCCAGUACCAGUACACAGCAUUCCCCAGUAGGGCCAUCAAGUCUGAGUACCCUGACCACUACACAAGCUCCCCAGAGUCUCUGGUGGGGUACCCCUUACCGGACGUGUACCCCACCGGUGGCUCCCCGCAGGCUCCCAGCCUGCCCCCCCUUGUGCUGGAGCUGCUGCGUUGCGACCCAGACGAGAUGCAGGUGCAGAGUAAGAUUAUGGCCUUCCUGCAGCAGGAGCAGAGUGGCCGGGGCCGGCAGGAAAAGCUCAGCACCUUCAGCCUCAUGUGUCGCAUGGCAGACCAGACUCUGUUCUCCAUAGUGGAGUGGGCCAGGAGCUGCAUCUUCUUCAAGGAGCUCAAGGUGGGGGAUCAGAUGAAGCUUCUUCACAACAGUUGGUCUGAGCUGCUGGUCCUGGACCAUGUCUUCAGACAAGUGCAGCAUGGGAAGGAGAGCAACCUGCUCUUGGUUACUGGCCAGGAGAUGGAUCUGUCAUCCAUGGGGUCCCAGGCAGGGGUGACUCUUUCAGGCCUGGUCCAGAGAGGACAGGAGUUGGCUGGGAGGCUGCUGACCCUGCAGGUGGACAGGAGAGAGGUUGCCUGCCUUAAGUUCCUCCUCCUCUUCAAUCCCAAUGUAAAGCUGUUGGAGAAUCAAGCGUUUGUGGAGAGUGUUCAGGAGCAGGUGAAUGGGGCUCUGCUGGAGUACACUCUGUGCACCUACCCCUUGUACCUGGACAAGUUCAGCCAGCUGGUGCUGCGUCUGCCAGAGCUGCGAGCCCUCAGCACCCAGGCAGAGGACUACCUGUGCUACAAACACCUGAGUGGGGAGGUGCCCUGCAACAACCUGCUCAUCGAGAUGCUGCAUGCCAAGAGGGCCUGUGUAUGAGCACCACGCUACCACCACCAUACACCAGCAGACUGUCUGUGGGACUGACGCUGUGGAAGCGAAAGAGGGGGUUUACGAUUACAGCUGAGAGAGAAUGAUGUGUGUGUUUGUGUUUGUGUGUGCAUGCGUGCGUGAGCAGCCCCUCUGUCCCAGGUGUGUGUAAACAGAAUAUGGACUUGUGUUUUUGGCAGUUCUUUAAAUGUACAUAGUUAUCAAAUUUACAAAGCAAGCUUUAUUAUGAUACUGUAUGUAAAUGUAACUUUUACCUUUUGUUGAAUGCAGCAGAGUGUAGUCUUAUAUCAGAGCUAGUGGAGAUAUUUCAGAUUCUUCAGAUGAAAGAGGCACUAUAACACACGUCAUUCAGACUUGUCCUAGCCUUUCAAAUAUAGUGUAAACACUAUAUUUAUUUGAGCACUUGUUCCUUUGUAAAUUGUCACCAACUUUACCACAUAAAAUUGUUGUGUGAAAAAUAGGUUAUGUUCAAUAUAGUUUUUUUCUAUUAGAUAUUGAUAUUCUAAUAUAUUAACUACACGUGUUUACAAGAAUCACAUAAGCACACUCAUAUUCAGUUUAACCCUAAAAUCGAUGUCCGCGCCCCCGUGGAAAUCUAAUUAGCAUAAUACAAAGAUCCACAUACAAAUCUGUCAGUUUAAGCUAGAGAUAUCUGUUUU